GCGUCAUCCGAACAAGUUAAAAGAACCCGUAUAUAAACAUACAAGUGUAUCAGUAUGGCGGCGCCCUUGCUCAGAAUCUUUGGAAAGGUUGGCAGGCAGCUGGCCCGACCCUGGACAUCAUGCCAGGCGUUUGUGCGUCCCGUAACGGCUCCAGCGGCCGGGUUCUUUCCUCUCCAGACGUAUUCAGAGGAGGAGACCAUGAUGAAGGAGGCGGUGAAGAAGUACGCUCAGGAACACAUCGCUCCGUUCGUGUCCAAGAUGGACGAGAGCUCGAAUAUGGACGCUGAAGUGAUCGAGUCUCUCUUCGAGCAGGGGCUGAUGGGUAUUGAAAUCGGUACCGAGUACGGAGGCACCGGCUCCUCGUUCUUCUCCUCCAUCCUGGUGAUUGAGGAGCUGGCGAAGGUGGACCCAUCCAUAGCGGUGCUGUGUGACAUCCAGAACACACUCAUCAACACACUGAUGGUGAAACUGGGAACUGAUGAGCAGAAGGAGAAAUACCUCCCCCGCCUCUCCACGGAUAUGGUGGGCAGUUUCUGUUUAUCUGAGGUCGGUUCGGGGAGCGACGCUUUCUCUCUAAAGACCAGAGCGGAGAAACACGGAGAUCAUUACGUCAUCAACGGCUCCAAAAUGUGGAUCAGCAAUGCCGAAUACGCCGGAGUCUUCCUGGUCAUGGCUAAUGCAGAUCUUUCAGCUGGUUACAGAGGAAUCACGUGCUUCAUUGUGGACCGGGACACCGAGGGUCUUCACAUCGGCAAGAAGGAGAACAAACUGGGUCUGAGAGCCUCGUCCACGUGUGCUCUCGCUUUCGAUAAUGUCAAGGUCCAUGAGAGGAACAUUUUGGGGAAAGUGGGUCAGGGCUACAAAUACGCCAUCGGCAUGUUGAACGAAGGCAGGAUCGGCAUUGCAGCACAGAUGCUGGGUUUGGCUCAGGGCUGUUUCGAUCACACCAUUCCUUACACCCGGCAGAGGGUCCAGUUCGGCAAACGCAUCUUCGACUUCCAGGGGAUGCAGCAUCAGAUUUCCCACGUGGCCACACAGCUGGAGGCGGCACGACUGCUCACCUAUAACGCCGCCAGGCUGAGGGAGGCGGGGCGACCUUUUAUUAAAGAGGCCUGCAUGGCCAAGUACUUCGCCGCCGAGGUGGCGACGUUGACGACAUCUAAGUGUAUCGAGUGGAUGGGCGGAGUGGGUUUCACCAAGGACUAUCCCAUCGAGAAGUACUACAGAGACUGCAAAAUAGGUACCAUCUACGAGGGAACGACCAACAUUCAGCUGAGCACCAUAGCCAAGUUCAUCGGGCAGGAGUACGACUCCUAGGUCCACAAGUUCAUCACUCACUCCCAUAAUGCAGUUCAGGUCAUGUGUGCAGUCAGGUCCUGAACAUCAUUCAAGUAACUUCUGAUUGAAGAAUCCGGCAGUGGAUCUUCUGGGUCCUGGGAUUUAAAUGCACAUCCUUCUGGUUUAAUGUGUACUGUACUAGAAUCUAGACUGGAAUCAUUGUGUGUGUGUUUUUUUUUUUCAAAUUAAACUGUAGUGUUUGUGUAAAUCUGGCAGCACAAAUAAUUUAAUAAUUAUUAUAUAUUAUAAUAAUCUAGAACUAUAGCAGCGAUUUAACACCUUUAGGGAUUUUCAUCGCUGUUCAUAAUGAAUAGAUAAACCUAUAACUACAGCAAGAAGGGCAUGGGUUUGAUUCCCAAAGGUUGAGUUUGCAUGUUCUCCCUGUGUCAGUGUGGGUUUUCUUCACAAGUCCACAGACAUGCAGUCAGGUUAAUUGGAGCUAUUAGAAAUUAAUGGCCCAAGUACGAGUGUGUGUGUGUGUGUGUCUGAUUUGUGAUGGAUUGGCGACUUGUCCGGGGUGUUUCCUACCUUUCGCCCAAUGAAUCGUACCCACCUUGACCCUGACCAGGAUAAAGCAGUGGGAAGAACAGAUAAUGAAUGACUUAAAGUGAUCGUCAUGGCACAAUGAUGAAUAAAAAAAGGGUCUUGAUUUGUUUUUAACAUCCGGCGGGUACGUUUCUAUUAGAUCUCAGAUGCUGCAGAUCUCUGGCUCUGGUGUUCUAGAUAUUUGAACAUCAUAGUAUGUGUUACCCAACAGUUCUGACAUUCUGAAAUCUGCUAUCAGUUGCAUCCGCUCUCUGAACAGCGACGCUGCAAUAGUCAUUACGUAAUAUCAAACUUUGUACUUGUGGAUCUGUGUUAAAUCUUAUUUUUAAUGCGCACAGUUACGAUAUUUUAGCUGAUUAACAGACUCUGCUGACCCUCUUAAAUGAAAUCAUGUUACUGAGUUUUACUUAGUUUGGAUUAGCAUAUUUGGCUGUAACGACCGCUAGCUAACGAAUGUUUCUGAUUCUUCAUUGCUGCCACGUUCCGCAGUUGCAUUCAAUAAAGCCUGACACUAACUUGACCUGAAA